AUAACCUUGAGACGCUAGAGUCCCGAUUCCAAACCAGUCGGAGGGUGUCACAUCGGGGGGAAAGACCCGUGUCUAGGCGUGAGUGUGGAUCCAAGGAGCAAUCUUUGCCCGCGAGUCAGCCUCAGGACGCUGGAGCCCAGGACACGGGUUCAAAGGCUGUGCGGAGGGACAGAUCGGUUGUCUGUGGGGACCACCUUAGGAAGGCGUGUUAAUUUUGGACGCCGGGGCCCAGAACACGGGUUCAAAGGCAGUUCAAAAUGAGUGACACGUGUGUGCGUGUGUAUGGAUGCGAGAGACAACCCGGGUCAACUCUGGAGUUGACCCGUGUUCAAUGUCAGUUCAGAAAGAGAGACCUGUGUGUGCGUGUAUAUGGAUGCGAGUCACAACGCGGGUCAACUUUGGAGUUGACCUGGGUUCAAAGUCAGUUCAGAAUGAGAGACCCGUGUGUGUGUGUGUGUGUGUGUGUGUGCAUGUGGAUGGACGCAAGAGAUAACCCGAAUCAACUCUGGAGUUGACCCGGGUUCAAAGUCAGUUCAGAAUGAGAGAUCCGUGUGUGUGUGUGUGUGUGUGUGUGUGUGUGUGUGUGUAUGUAUGAGUAUGCAUGUGAGUGACAACCCGGGUCAACUUUGGAGUUAACACGGGUUCAAAGUCAGUUCAGAAUGAGAGACCCGUGUGUGUGUGUGUGUGUGUGUGUGUGUGUGUAUGGAUGGACGCGAGAGACAAACCGAGUCAACUCUGGAGUUGACCCGGGUUCAAAGUCAGUUCAGAAUGAGAGACUCAUGUGUGUGUGUGUGUGUGUGUGUGGAUAAUAGAGACAACCCGGGUCAACCUUGGGGUUUGAACCUGAAACCCGAGUUCAGAGUAGCAGAUCCAGGCUGGCGGCCCUUCCCUGAAGAAGUCGAUAGAUGCCCGGUGGAUCUAUAUGUCCCAGGAGGAAGCCAGCGCCAGCCAAGGCCAAGCCGGGGGAGUUUGAGCCGGGAGGAUGCAGCCGCUCUACUGGUACGCCGUGCUCCUGCUGCAACCGGCUCUCUACCUGGGUCCAAGGAGGUCGUCCAGAUCCUGAACCGGUGCCUGGCUGCUGUGUCGGACUGGAUGAGAGUGAACAAAUUGAAGUUGAAUCCAUCCAAGACAGAGGUCCUCCUGGUUACAUGUGCAAAUUUAACCAGUGGUGGGAAAUCAGAGAUUCUAAAAACAGGCAGUUCCAAAUCCACACUAAAACACAUAUGGACAGAAAGCAGUAAAGACUUAUCUAUCAGCCGGCUGCUAUCACAGACUUUUCGUGGCAAAGAGAAUGAUACAGAUUUGAGCCUGAGGUAUGAUGCCCCAGAAACGUAUUCUGAGCAAGAUCUCUGGGACUGGUUGAGGAACUCCACAGACCUUCAAGAGCCUCGUCCCAGAGCAAAGAGACGGCCGAUUGUCAAGACUGGGAAGUUUAAGAAAAUGUUUGGCUGGGGGGAUUUUCAUUCCAACAUCAAGACAGUCAAACUAAACCUGUUAAUAACCGGGAAAAUAGUUGAUCAUGGCAAUGGGACGUUCAGUGUUUACUUCAGGCAUAAUUCAACUGGCCAAGGGAAUGUAUCGGUGAGCUUGGUCCCUCCGACCAAAAUCGUGGAGUUUGACUUGGCACAACAAACAGUGAUUGAUGCCAAAGAUUCCAAGUCCUUCAACUGCCGCAUUGAAUACGAGAAGGUGGACAAGGCCACCAAGAACACUCUCUGCAACUACGACCCUUCAAAAACAUGUUAUCAGGAGCAGACCCAAAGUCACGUCUCAUGGCUUUGCUCCAAGCCCUUUAAAGUAAUCUGUAUUUACAUUUCCUUUUAUAGUACAGAUUAUAAACUAGUACAGAAGGUGUGCCCUGAUUACAACUAUCACAGUGACACGCCUUACUUCCCCUCAGGUUGAAGUGGGCCAUGUGUCUCAGACUGGACCUUGAGGAACAAACAAAUUAAUAAUAAUAAUAAUUAAUAAUAAUUUAAAAAAGAACAAAAGAGGUCAUACAACAGGGCUGUUACCUCAAAGAAGAAGGCCACAUCUCUUGCCUGGAAUGUGUCUACGCUCUGCUGCUGAUGUCAACUGGCUGCAAAUAUGUUAGUGGAAACCAAUUUAAUGUCAUUUCUGCCCAGUCAGCUCCAUGUAUCACAGCCCAGUUGUAAAUCACUAUGGAUUUUAAAUAAUGCCGCACACGGUUUCUCUCUCUAUCUCCUUCCCCCUCUUUGCAGCUUGCAUCUAUUGAGAUUCCUGUUAAGAGGGCUUUCAUUGUCUGAUGUAUAAUGUUUCAGGAUAACCUAUCAUCAAGCAAAAAGGAUUAACUAGACGGAGAAUGGUUUCUUAACAUAGACUGUUAUGGAAAUCUCCUUUUUAAGUCUUGAAUACAUGAUAAUCAAUAAUCCCCACUCAUGCAUUCUAUCAUUUGGAGUAGCUGUACUGGUAAAUAAUACUGUGUAGGAGUAAAUGCUUGUUAAAAUGGGGGCGGGGGGAUUGUGUGUCUAGAGUUCAGUAUUUCUCUUUAUAUGAACACAACAAAGUAUCGUGACUUUUCUCCAGCACACAGUGGGCACAUUCGAGGUUGUGUAAGGUGGUCCUUUUUCUGCUGAGGAAGCCUGUGAACUAAUAAAGAUGAGCAAACAUUUGGAAUUUACACGUGAACAGAUCUUCUGCUUUUGUAGUUGGGUACUCAUCCCUGCAAACAUGUAGAGUCGACCAAGACGGACCGAGAUGCCCUUCAGUCAUCGUGUAAGAAAGAAAAAAAUGCCCACUAGGCAACAUGUAAGUUGUAAGUGUCUGUCUUAUCUUUAUUACACAAUAUUGUAACAAAUUCAAUAUCCUAGUCUUCAUUUGUAUGAAUGGUUUGUAUUGUACAUAGUUUAACCUGUGUUAUUUGAGCUGCUUAUUAAUAUUAACUUGUAAUUGUCUCUCUGCUUGUUAUUGGUUAAAAACAAAAACAAGGGAAAUGAGGAAUUCGUUUUAUCAGUGUAUACGUAAACUCCAUUUAAGAAGACAGAAUUCUGUACAAAGCAUUUAUUCAGCUGAAGUAUUGUUGGAAGCUAUACACUUACAACAUUUACAAUCUGUCUGUAUUUAGAUCUUUUAUUUCCAGGUGAAAAAAGAUUGAAAUGUAUAUAAAAAUAAAAUACUUAAAUUUGAGUUUCAA